AUGAGGUUACUAAGAGAUAUUUUGCUGCUUUUGGGCAGUGCACAUGCGAUUUGCAGGAGUCAGGCAAAACGAAAAACAGUCACUUGUCUGGCUCACCGUGAAGAUAGAGGAAUACUUUAUAGAGGGUCAAUUAAUGUUACGAGAGAUGGCACAGAGUGUGCAAAAUGGGGAAAUCCAAAAAGGUCGAAGUCGUUUAUUUUAACACCAAUUGAAACAUUGGAUGGAGAGAGAAAAGUUAAAAGAGUUUAUGGAAACUUCUGCAGGAACACAGGACCUACGCGACCUGGUGGACCGUGGUGCUACACAGAUAGUAGGCGAAGAAACUGGGAGUACUGUGACGUUCCUUAUUGCGAUAAAGAUGCUUGGACGCGAGAGUGCGAGAUCGAGCAGAACUUUCUUGUCAAGGCAAACGGGUACGAGAUCAGUGCGUACAAGGGAAGCUGUAUCAUGACCGACCAGGGACUUUUCAAUGAGCUUAAAUCGGCUCCGAAUAACGGGGAAGACGAGUUCAAGGCAAAAGUUAAAGACGAAAUGAAAGUCACCCCGUUUGCUGAUUGCGGUCAAUAUUAUCGCGGGACUCUUGAUAGUACUGAAGGUGGACACACCUGUGAUAGGUGGGAUAAACCAGAUUCAAAUAGAAAAGUUCUUGGUCCAAUAAGCGUCUGUAGAUCUGCUGACUUUGACUACAAUCAAAUAACGCCAGAAUCUUGCGGCGCUUACAAUCAACCCUGGUGUUAUACGAAAACAGAGGGCGUUCGUUAUGACACGUGCAGUGUUCCGAAUUGUGGAUGUAGCAGAACUUUCUUGCGUUUUACCAAACAUGGACAAAAUCAAUCUAUUCCGUGGGAUCUAUCAAGCUGGAAGUCGAACACUGAUAAUGAGACGGCACAUUUUAUCGACCUUCUCGACCCCUGGCGGGAUAACCGACCAUGUACCGACGCGGUAAAAUGCCCUCCAAUGGCUGAUCCUGGAGAAAUUGCAAAAGUUUUAGAGGAAGAAGAGGAAGAGAAAGUUUCUAGCGCUGACACUGAAUUUUCUAUGCGAACCAUCAACGGAUACAAAAAUCCUCCAGGUUCGACUCCAUGGCUCGUUGCCCUAGAAAAAACUAGUAGUGAACAAUAUAAUAUCUGUCAGGAAUCAUGGAGACAAUUUUGUGGUGCUGCCCUUAUUCACCCUCUCUUCGUUAUUUCUGCGGCUCAUUGCUUCGAUUUGAAGAAAAUAAUGCAACCUGAAUCCACCACGGUUGUCGCAGGACUUUCUAAUAUCGACGGGAAAGUGCACGAAGCGAACAGUAUGAACUGCCUUGGCCAACGACAGGAAGCUAAGAAUAUCAUUAACCACCCUAAAUAUAAAACUGUGGGAAAAGGCUUCGAUAUAAGCUUGAUUCAAGUAAAGAAGCCAUUUUGGUUCAACGGAAUGGUCAGUCCGAUUUGCUUACCUCCAAUAAAUUUUGAACCAGAGCCGAACUCUGUCUGCAUGAUUGGCGGUUGGGGCUUGCAAACUGGAACUGUUGAUGGAGGAAACGAGGAAGUUGAGAAAAGAAAUACAAGACCAGAAGUUUUGGAACAUCAGCUUUGUUUUGGCCAUGGAAAGGUCGACACUUGCCAGGGUGAUUCUGGUGGACCUGUGGUUUGUAAAAAUCCCAAUGCGAAAAGUGGCGAUGACAAUCAGCCAUUUUAUUUGACCGGUAUCGUUUCAUAUGGCGUUCAAUCACAAAAGAAAAAAGAUGGCGAAACAAUUAACUACAAAUGUGGAGCAAAAAAUAUUCCUGGUAUUUACACGAAGGUAUCUGACUAUUUGGACUGGAUCUACGUUACGUUGGAUGAAAAUCAAUAA